GGUAGUUAAUGAAUGAUCAUUGGCACACCAGUUGCAAAACACUGGAUAUUCAGAGAUAAUAUAAAAAAUAUCAAGUGAAGAAAAAAUAAGUAGUCGUGACAAAGCAUCAUUGCUUUGAUAAUAAUCGAAACUAUGAGAGAUUAAUACUCGUGUACAAUAAUGUGCAUUAUCAUUUAAGAUCGUGAUCUAUAGCAAGUGUUAUUGAAUGUAGUUUUGUUCGCAAAAAGAAACCAACUAUCUAAAUAAUAAGUUAAUAAUAAAUAUUAACAAUUGUAAAUAAAAUAAUUAUUAAAUAGUAAAGUUUGAACAAUAAUGGAGUUAAUUACUCAAAUAUUGGUUGGAUUUGUAAUAAUAAUUCUAGGCAUUUUUUAUUACCUAACUUUGAAUUGGAAAUUUUGGGAAUCUAAAAAAAUACCUGGACCUAAACCAACAUUACCUUUUGGUACCAUUGGAGACAUAUUACUCGGUAAACACAAUCUUGGAACUUAUAUGAAGAUGAUUUAUGAUACGUAUCCAGACGAGCCAAUUGUUGGAGUUUAUAAAGUUUUCGAGCCUAUUGCUGUGGUGAAUAAUUUGGAUCUUAUCAAGGAUAUAUUGAUCAAAGAUUUCAGUAAAUUUGCAGAUCGAGGACAGGAAAUACAUGAUAAACAUGAACCUCUUUCAUUACAUUUAUUCAACCUGGAACCAAAAAGAUGGCGACCAUUAAGGAAUAAACUAUCUCCAAUUUUUACUUCAGGAAAAUUGAAAGAUAUGUUUUAUUUAUUAUUAGAAUGUUCUGAUCAAAUGGAAAAACAUUUAGAAAAAUUAGAUGGGCAGAUUGUAGACAUGAGAGACUUUCCAGCAAGGUAUGCAACCGAUGUUAUAGGAGUUUGUGCAUUUGGAUUGCAAGCUAACGCAAUGGAAGAUGAAAAUAGUUUAUUUCGAAAAAUGGGUAAAAGAAUCUUUGAUUUAAAGUUUAAAACCAUCACGAGAAUGUUGAUGGGAUUUUUUUUGCCUAAAGUAUAUAAUUUUGCUGGAUAUUUUUUGCGAGAUAAUAUAUUGGAUAAUUUUAUCAUCGGUAUAACUAAAGACACAAUGGAUUAUAGGAAAAAAAAUAAUAUUGUUAGACAUGAUUUUGUUGACUUACUGAUGGAUUUGAAGAAUGAGCCUAGUAAAGUUGAUGAUAUUGAAUUAACUGAUAAACUUCUUGCUGCUCAACUAUUUGUCUUCUUCGCGGCUGGUUUUGAAACCUCUUCGACUACUAUGGGUAAUGCUUUGUACGAACUUGCGAUUAACCAGUCUAUUCAGUCAGAGCUACGAAAAGAAAUCAAAGAGACGUUAAGUAAAUCUGGCGGCAAAUUAAUUUAUGAUGGAAUAAAAAAUAUGAAAUAUUUAGACAAAAUUUUUAAAGAAACUUUGAGGAAAUAUCCACCAGUACCAUUCCUAACAAGACGUACAGUUGUCCCAUAUGAAUUUGCUGGCACAGGGCUCAAAGUUCCAGCAAAUACAAGAGUAUGGCUUCCUAUUUAUGGAAUACAGAAAGAUCCAAGAUAUUUCCCAGAACCAGAUUUAUUUGAUCCAGAGAGAUUUAAUGAAGAAAAUGUCAAACAACGCCAUGAUAUGACAUUCUUAUCUUUUGGAGAUGGUCCUAGAAAUUGUAUUGGGGCUCGUUUUGGUACAAUGCAAACUAAAGUGGGCCUGAUCACAAUUUUGAAAAAUCAUAAAGUUGAAGUUUGUGAAAAAACUGACAAAAAUUAUGAACUUGAUCCAAGAGGAAUUCUUCUUGUACCAAAAAAUGGUAUAUUCCUAAAGAUUACUAAGAUAAAUUAAUAAUUAAUAAUUUUUUGUAAAUAUUUUUUGUUUAAAAAUUUGGAAUAAACAUGGUAGUAUCUAUAGAAAAUUU